AUGGCUCUCGUUUCACUUCCUGAUUCUAACAUAGAAUUUAAUGAAAUAUGGAGAUAUUGUGAUAUCUGUGAUUCCGUCACUGGAGAAUCCGAAAUAAGAGAUAUAGGUGUUGUGGAUGAAGUAGAAGAAAGAGUUACAAGUCUUCGAGUAUAA